AUGGAUGAUGAUAGCGAGAGUGAUGAGGAAAGUGAAAGUGAUGAAGAGAUCCCUCUUUGUUUUCUUCUUUUUGUGACAAACCCCGAAAAUCAAGAAGGUGAUAUGAGGAGUUUCAGGAUUUUGACGUUGAAACCUGCUGCCAAGAAUGGCUCUAUAACUGCCUCUGCAAAGAAAGGCAAGCCAGCUGCAGCUGCAAGCUCUUCUGAUUUAUCUGAGGCAUCCUCUGACGAGGAUGAUGUUCCAAAAACUAAGGCGGUCCCUGCUGCAGCAAAGAAUAUAACUUCUUCUAACAAGAAAACUCAGCCAAGUGGAAGUUCUGAUUCUGAUUCUGAUAGCAGCUCUGAUGAGGACGAUAAAAAGAAAAUAUCUGCAACUACAAAGCUGCCUGCUUCAUCAGACGAUGAUUCAAGUGAAGACUCUGAUGAAGACGAUGAUGUCAAGCCCUCUGCAACUACUGUGUCAAAGCCUGCUGUGUCAAAGAAGAAAGUUGAUAGUUUUGAUUCUGAUGAUAGCAGCUUUGAUGAAGACAAUAAGAAGGCUGCCAAAAAGGUUUCCAAUGCCAAGUCAAUGCCUGUGUCUAAGCAGCCUGUUAAGACCUCAAGUACUAGUGAUUCAGAUGAAGAGAUCGAAGACGGUAAGAUUUCUCCUUACGAUGAGUUCUUAAGAUCAACUCAUUAG